GCUGUGCCACCUCCGUGUCCGGGAGGUGUGACCGGGGUGCCCCGCCCGUGCCUCGGGCCGCGCUGCGGUGCCAUCGGCCGGGCUGUGCCCUCCCCUCCGAGGGUUCGGGGCUGUUUCAGGGCUCGGGGCUGUUCCCCGCAGGGAGCCAUGGCUGAGAAGAUCCUGGUGACGGGCGGCGCCGGCUACAUCGGCAGCCACUGCGUGCUGGAGCUGCUGCAGGCCGGCUUCGUCCCCGUGGUCAUCGACAACUUCCACAACGCCGUCCGAGGCUCCCAGGAGCUCCCCGAGAGCCUCCGGCGGGUGCAGGAGAUCGCGCAGCGCCCCGUGCUCUUCCAGGAGCUCGACAUCACGGACGAGGCCGCGCUCCAGGAGCUCUUCAGGAAGCACCAGUUCUCGGCCGUGAUGCACUUUGCGGGGCUGAAGGCCGUGGGGGAGUCCGUGCAGAAGCCUCUGGAAUAUUACAGAGUGAACCUCACCGGGACCAUCCGGCUGCUGGAGGCCAUGAAGGCCCACGGCGUGAGGAACAUCGUGUUCAGCAGCUCCGCCACCGUCUACGGGGACCCCAAGUACCUCCCCCUGGACGAGAACCACCCCGUGGGGGGCUGCACCAACCCCUACGGCAAAUCCAAGUUCUUCAUCGAGGAGAUGAUCCGGGAUCUGUGCAGAGCAGAGCGGGACUGGAACGCCGUCCUGCUGCGCUACUUCAACCCCAUCGGCGCCCACGAGUCGGGGAUGAUCGGGGAGGAUCCUCAGGGCAUCCCCAACAACCUCAUGCCCUAUGUGGCUCAGGUGGCAGUGGGACGCCGGGAAUUCCUGAGCGUCUUUGGGAACGACUACAAGACGGACGAUGGGACGGGAGUCAGGGAUUACAUCCACGUCGUGGACCUGGCCAAGGGCCACAUCGCUGCUCUGAAGAAGCUCAAGGAGAACUGCGGCUGCAAGAUCUACAACCUGGGCACAGGCACCGGCUACUCCGUGCUGCAGAUGGUCCAGGCCAUGGAGAAAGCCUCGGGGAGGGAGAUCAAAUACCGGAUCACAGCCCGGCGGGAGGGAGACGUGGCCUCCUGCUACGCUGACCCCGCGCUGGCCGAGCGGGAGCUGGGCUGGAAAGCCGCCUUUGGCCUGGACAAGAUGUGUGAGGACCUGUGGCGGUGGCAGCUGCAGAACCCCACGGGCUUCAGCAAGAACUGAGCUGUGGCUGAGGGCUGGCGGGGCCUGGGGCUGCUCUGAGCCAGCUCUGCCUCCUUCCCCAAGGGCUGCCACCACCCCUGGAGAGCAGUCCCAGCUCCCCCUCCUGCCUCUGGCACGGGGUAGGAAGGCUGGAGCAUCCCCAGCCUCCUCAUCCUCAUCCCCCGGGUCUCUGCACCUCCCAGACCAGAACCACAGAACAGAGCCAGGGCCUGGCUUGGCACCCCAGGCAUGGAACCCCUGGUGGGGAUGCCCAGGGGCUGCAGCCAGCCCAGGCUGGGAGCGGGGCCCUCCCUGUGCCCUGGGCAUCCAGCACUGGGACUCCCGAGCCCUGCUGGGACUCCCGGGCCCUGCUGGGACUCGCGGGCCCUGCUGGGACUCGCGGGCCCUGCUGGGACUCGCGGGUCCUGCUGAGCCCAAACUGCAGCACAGCCCCUGCUCCCUCCCUGGCUCGUGGGCUCAGGGGCAGCCCAAGGCCCCUCUGCCCCUGCCCUGGCACAGAGAGGGCACCACGAACCUCCCACAGGGACCAGUCACAUUCCAAGGCCACCACGGCUCAUCUCCCCAGCCCAGGGCUUCCUCCACCCCCUUUUCCCUGCCCCCAGCAUGGUUUUGGGGACCAGAUCUCAUCUCCCUGCUCUGGCACUGCCCAAGGUGGUGCCAACCUGGCCGGUGCCUGCUUUGGCUCUUGUGGCAGCCCAGCCCCUCCACAAAGGCUGCCCGGAGCUGGCUCUGCCCCUGCCCCACACUGCUCCUGUUUAUUCCUGGCAGCUCCCAGGGCUCUGCCGGGCAGGGAUGACGCAGUCAGCCCCGUGUGCUGGCGGCUGGAUGAAUAACUUAUGCUCCUAAAUUAUGAAUUGAGCUUUUGAUUUGUUUUUAAAAUAAACUUUCCUACUUUCUAA